CAUGAACCGCAGCCUGCCAGACAGAGCGCUGCUCAGCUACGUGAUGGAUGGACAGCGGGACAGGUUGUGCCUUCAGCCUCUUUGGGACUUUGUCACAGCAAAGGAGCCAUUGAUCAAGUCACCGUUUUUUCCGGUGCUGUUUUCUUUUUCAGCAUACAUGGCUUUCUGUCUUCCAUAUAUUGCACUGGACUUUUUAAGCACUAGACUACCAAACUUGAGAAAAUACAAAAUCCAGCCGCAGAACUAUCCAACUCUGGGAAUGAUGGUGCCUUGCAUUAUUCAAAGUGCGUAUCACCACGUUGUUCUGAUCUUCCCGGUGACGUUUCUCCACUGGUACUGGAGACCGAUGAAUCUACCAGUGAUAGCUCCAGAGCUGCCUGAGGUCCUGCUGGAAGUAGGAGUUUGCCUGCUUCUGUUUGAUUUUGAGUACUUCCUGUGGCAUUUGCUUCAUCACAAGGUGCCUUGGCUCUACAAGACCUUCCACAAGGUGCAUCACAAGCACGUGUCAACGUUUGCUCUUACUACACAGUAUUCCAGUGUAUGGGAGUUGCUCUCACUGGGAUUUUUUGCUGCUAUCAACCCAGUGCUCCUCGAAUGCCAUCCUUUGACAGAAAUGAUUUUCUUCCUUGUAAACAUUUGGUUGUCAGUGGAGGACCAUUCAGGAUACGACCUUCCGUGGUCAACUCACCGACUCGUGCCGUUUGGUUUGUACGGAGGAGCACCACAUCAUGAUCUCCAUCAUCUGAAAUUCAAAUCAAACUAUGCUCCUUACUUCACCCACUGGGACAAACUCUUCGGGACGUUCACAGAGUCGCAUUCUAAUUAAGGAUAUUUAUCUGUGGACAAACUCUUAUUUUUUUAUAGACUAAACUGGGACAUUAAUUUUUCAAAGACAUACAGAAGAUGAUUGUAUAUUUGAAGCUUCCUAUAAAAGCAAUAGCUAUUUAUAAGAAAUCCUCUUAAUAUAUGUGUAUUUGUAUGUAUACUUGGAACUGCCUAUAUUAAAUGACUGCAAAUGAGAGGGUAAAUAUCUGUUGCUUAAAUUUGUUUGAGUCAAAGGUGUAAGGGAAGCAUUAAGAGACAUUCUCUCUUCUUUCCUUCUUUCCAGCUUUCAUAAAGCAUGUAUUGUAUUACUGUAUGAUGUUUUAUACAUACGCCAGAACAAUUAUCUUACUGUUGUAGGAUGAUUUAUGAUGUAAACAGAAAAGGUACACAUCAUGGAUUUUGUGGAGUUUAAUCUGCCAGAUCAUAUUAUUGGACAAUGAUGUUGUAAACUAUUGCUGCCGAACAAAGCUAGUUGCCUAACAGUGCAAUAAUUUUGAUAUUUAUAUUUUAAACCUUGAUCAACUGUCUGUUUUUAAUAGAAAAUAAAUAUGGUUAUUCUUU